AUUGCUUUUUUUCUUCUUCUUUUUGCUUUUAAGAAAACAUUUAUUCCUUCCCUCUCCCCACAUAAAGCAACCAAUUGCUUUUUCUUGCAUCCUGCUCUUCCCUUUCUUCUCCCAUCUCCAUCACCCAAUCAUCAAACUUACUGUCAUUUUAGGGAGUAUAAUUAUCUUCAACGAAAAAUUAUACUGUAUAAAUUUAUUGAAGCAAAAGUUUUAGUUCAAUAGCAAGGAAUUCAAAAAUUGCUUUGGAUCACAUAAUUUCCAGAAAAACAAACAAGCAGAGAUCACGAAAACUUAGCCAAAAUGUGUGACAACAAGAAGGAAACUUUACUUAACAAAAACAAGGAAAUUGAAAGAACAGUAUCAAAUGCUUACGACGAAUUACGAAGUUUCAGAACAUGGCUGAAAUGGAUGUGUGUUGAUCAAUCUGACGUAUUUUCCGCUUGUCUAUCUUGGUUUGUUUUUAUACUAUUGGCUGUAAUCGUCCCUUGCCUUUCACAUUUUCUUCUGGCAAGGGACGGUAGCGAUGCUGCGCACAGUCGUCCUUAUGACAACGUUGUGCAGCUGUCGCUUAGCUGUGUUGCUGCUCUGUCAUUUGUUUGUCUUUCUCGAUUUGUUAAGAAAUAUGGGCUGAGAAGGUUUUUGUUCCUUGAUAAGCUUUGUGAUGAGAGUGAAACAGUAAGAAGAGGCUACACUGAACAGCUCAAUAGCUCACUAAAGAUCUUAUUCAUAUUUGUCCUACCAUGUUUUGCUGUUGAAUGCGCGUACAAGAUUUGGUGGUACAGCUCGGGUGGUACCCGAAUCCCCUUUUUGGGCAACGUCAUUGUGAGUGAUACUGUCGCGUGCAUUCUAGAGCUGAGUUCUUGGCUCUACAGGACGGUUGUGUUCUUCCUAGUUUGUAUACUUUUCCGGUUGAUAUGUUACCUUCAAAUUCUUCGACUACAAGAUUUUGCUCAGGUCUUUCACGUGGAUUCUGAUGUUGAAUCGGUGUUGAGAGAGCAUUUGAGAAUUAGGAGGCACUUAAGGAUCAUUAGCCAUAGGUACCGAUCAUUCAUCUUGUGGGUAUUGAUGUUCGUUACAGCAAGCCAAUUUGCGUCCCUUCUCAUGACUACACGUUCAACUGCAGAUCUUCAUAUCUACAAAAGUGGUGAACUCGCGCUCUGCUCUGUCAGCCUUCUUGCUGGUCUCAUGAUACUGUUGAGAAGCGCAACCAGAAUUACACACAAGGCUCAAUCUGUAACGUGCCUUGCCGCCAAGUGGCACGUAUGUGCAACUAUAGACUCAUUUGAUUCGACUGAGGCUGAGACUCCAAUUAGUCGAGCGACCCGUGACCAAGUUUUUCCUGUAUGUUCUGAAGGAUCAUCUGAUGCUGAUGACGUUGGAGAUGAAGAAGACGAGUUGGACAAUACGAAAUUCAUCCAUGCAUAUGCUUAUAGCACAAUUUCAUUCCAGAAAAGACAGGCAUUAGUGACAUAUUUUGAGAACAACAGAGCAGGAGUAACAAUUUAUGGAUUCAUGCUGGAUAGAAGUUCUAUUCACACCAUAUUUGGGAUAGAAUUGUCACUAGUGCUCUGGUUGCUGGGGAAAACCAUUGGCAUUUCUUGAAUUAUUAGCUACACGUUAUGUUGUUCGGAUUCUUUAAAAAUGUUGUUGUACCCUUGUUGGAUACUCCAAAAACGUACUACUUUUGGAGAAUUCAACAUACAUCGAAUGAUAUUUUUGAAGAGUUCGAGCAACAUUCCGAGCUCUUCUUAUAAGGCGAGUUUGCGUAGCGAGUUAUUUGUUGAUUCAACUUUUAUAUCAUUUCUGAUGUCAUAUUCUUUCUAUUAUUGUUUUUUUGCUUGGUAAAUAACUUAUCAGGAUGGAUUGUAGUUCUGAUGCCAAUUUCACUUGAGUUAUUUUGAGGAAAUAUGUUGUUAUUU